GCCCCGCGCCGGCGGAGGCAGUUCCGGUGUGUUGCACUGCGUUCCCAGACCCCGCCGGGACCGCCGGCUUCGCUGCGCUCGCUGGAGCUUUAGGCGAGAGGUGAGCAUGUCUGGUCGCGGAAAGCAGGGCGGCAAAGUGCGGGCCAAGGCCAAGUCCCGGUCCUCCCGCGCGGGGCUGCAGUUCCCGGUGGGCCGAGUGCACCGGCUGCUGCGCAAAGGGAACUACGCGGAGCGGGUGGGCGCCGGGGCGCCGGUGUACCUGGCGGCGGUGCUGGAGUACCUGACGGCGGAGAUCCUGGAGUUGGCCGGCAACGCCGCGCGCGACAACAAGAAGACCAGGAUCAUCCCUCGGCAUCUGCAGCUCGCCAUCCGCAACGACGAGGAGCUGAACAAGCUGCUGGGCAAAGUGACCAUCGCCCAGGGCGGCGUCCUGCCCAACAUCCAGGCCGUGCUGCUGCCCAAGAAGACGGAGAGUCAGAAGGCGAAGAGCAAGUGACACCCCGACGCCGGGCACCGGGGAGCUGGCUUUCCGAGCAAAGGCUCUUCCCAGAGCCGCCCCGCCGUGUGUUUGAUGACCGUGCCGGAUGCCGAGGAGGGUCGGCGCGAUCGAGUGGGGAGGUGGGCUGCGGAGGGGCCCGCCGGGGUCGGGGGCCAAUAAAGUCGGUGAAAAUCG